ACAAUAUUAUUCGCAAAUUUUAUUCGAUACAUCACUUUCCAUCUGACGUUUAAGCAAACCAAACUAAGCUGAGCAAAGUUCGAAAUUUUUCAAUCGAAAUCAUAAUGUGAAAUAGUUAAUCGAAGAUCUGCUCAUUGGUGAAGAUGUCCUUCCUCACUUUCAAAUUUUCCAUCAAAUCGAUGAAACUGCUGAUUUGUUUCAUCGGAGUGUCCUCGCUGUUGCUGCUGGUUUUCUGUCUCUAUACAACGCUCAACACUUCGGAGAAGGCCGUACCACCUUUGAUCCCCGGACCGGACCAGAACGUUAUCAGCUACGAACUACUGAGAAGUCAGAACGCAGCACUGGUACCGGAAAAAUACAACGAACAUGAGGUCAAGUCUCGCAUCAUCAGAGACAAAAUCAAGCGACUGGCCGGUGGUAGGAAUACCGAUCUAAGCACACCAGCCCGCCGUAACCGGACGAUCGCCCUGAAUCGGAACAUACAGAUAUUUUACUAUGCACCGGUGGCGUGGUACAAACCGCAUCCCACCGUUCCAACUGAUCGGGUGGUAAGCCGCAUUACCGAGAAUGGAUCCGCCGUUUCGUUCCGUCCAAACGAUGAACAAACAAUCAACGUAGCGUUCUAUCCGAAGCGCAAGCUGUACAACACUACAGAAACGAUCAUCAGAGAACAUUUUAACGAUAUUCAAAAUUGUGGAAUAGGAGUUGUAAUCCUCGUUUGGCAUCCGACGUUCCACGAGGGAUUACUAAGAGCUAUCUUUAAAACAGCAGCCAUCCACAAUCUCAAGAUAGCAAUCGAAAUACUUGAAUAUCCGGAACGAACGAUCGAAAGUAUUCGAAAUAAUGUCAAAUACUUCAUCGACUUGUUUGGGAAGGAUCAAGACAGCAGCACGCUGAGCUACUUUAAAGUCCUCUCCAAACAGCGAGACCUUCCGAUAUUUUAUAUCAGAAAGGCAUAUCAAAUAGUGGAUGCAGAAUGGAUGCGAUUACUCUCGCGUAACGGGAUUCUAACAAUUCGCGGAACUAGCUACGAUGCCAUAGUUUUGGCCCACAUUUCAACCAAAGAGCACAAAUCGAUUGUGCGCCGAGGAGGAUUCGAUGGAUUCUACACGUACCUCCCGAGCAACGGCG